UCAUCCUCUCCUUCUCGCCAUCUUGACCCUUCUCCCGUCACUGAAAGGCUCCAAUUCUCACAAUGGCGCCAUCGAUCGUGACCAUUGAUACCAGCGACGACUUCGACAUGGCCGCUCCAGCCAGGGCAGUCGAUGCCCCGCGCACUCUCCUCCUGCGCCCCCCCUCCAUCGCCGCCCACGAGGAGAAACUCCACGCCCUCUUCACAACCUUCGACCGUCAGUCCACCGACCUGCAAAUGCUCGAUCGCCUCUCCGCAGGCAUCGUCUCCCUCCCUCCUACCACAUACUCCCACGUCCUUGUCCUCACCGACGCAGAUGGCUCACAGCGCGCGGAGGCUCUCCAACUCCUCACCCGAGACGUAUACACCGCGCUCGUGCCGUCCAUGAAGCCCGGCGCCAAGCUGGCCGCACAAGAUAAGCCUCUGACGGCUGCGGACUCGAUGGAGGCUAUCAUGGCGGGAUUGGUGCAGAAUGAGGCCGGGUUUGAGAAGCCCAAUUUCGAGCAAGCGUCGGCUGUGCCGCUUAAGCUUGGUGGUCGGAAGAAGAAGACUGCCGCGCCGACGGGUAUAAUGGGUGGAUUUACGAACAAUGGCAAUAACGAGGUUAAGGUUAACCUGGAGGAUAAUGAUGAGUUGAUUAAUGAGGACUCGCUUCUUGAUGAGGAGGAUUUCACGAGACCCAUUAUGCCCCCCCCGGAGUGCCAACCCAAGACUGGCCGGAGGCGGCGCGCCUGCAAGGAUUGUACAUGCGGUCUCGCAGACCGUCUCGAGGCAGAGGAUAAGGAGCGCCGGGCAAACGCCGAUAAGAACCUGAACGUGCUGAAGUUGCAGUCAGACGAUUUGACCGAAUUGGAUUUCACCGUCGAGGGCAAGACGACCGGUUCCUGCGGUAGCUGUGCCUUGGGCGAUGCAUUCCGCUGCGCUGGCUGCCCAUACCUCGGUCUUCCGGCCUUCAAGCCUGGCCAGGAGGUCCAGAUUCUAAAUGACGUUGCCCAGUUGUAAAUUGAAUUGCAUUAGUUCUAGACGGUGGGAUGGGGGAGGGGACUUUGCAGUCGUAAAAUGACGCGUCCGAUCUC